AUGCCACCCUCACUGUCGCGCGUUCCCUACAAAGAUUCAAAAUAUCCAAAAGUCGAUGAUCGUGAUCAUAAAACAAUACAAAAACAACCAUUCGACACUAUAUUAGAUCGUUUAUGUCGACAAUAUGAAAAUGAAUAUGUUGCUGAUCCAUCUAAUUGUCAACGAUACAUUCAUUGUGCAGAUGGUCAACCACGAGAAUUCAAAUUAUGUCCACCCGGUUUAUAUUGGUCUCAAAAACUUAAACUGUGUGGUUGGCCAUCUCAAUCAGAUUGUCCAACUAAAAGUCAACCAAAUUCUAAACUGACAACAUAUCUUACUCCUUAUGUCGUACCAGAAGUUAAUUCUCCCAUGCCAAAUGGAAAUGCCGCGAUACAAUGUCCUAUGAGUGAUAAACCAAUCACUUAUCCUGAUCCAUACGACUGUUCAAUAUUUCAUUAUUGUCUCAAUGGUGUUGAUCAAAUUCGACCAUGUCCGGCAACGUUAUACUAUGAUAAAGAGCAUGGAAGUUGCAAUUAUCCAUAUAAUGUUACUUGUAAGACUAUCAAACCGACGGCAUCGAACUAUCUAAUCAAUAAGUUAUUUUUCUUCGCAGGUCGAAAUAAAUGUCAAGCUCAAAAUGAGGGUGCAAAAUUUGUUGAUCUAAAAAGUUGCUGUCAUUAUCAAGAAUGUAUUAACGGUCGUUUCAUAACAUAUGCUUGUCGUUCACCAUUGCAAUUUGAUAUUACCACAAAACGUUGUGAAUUUUAUAAAAAAGUUGAGUGUGCGGGAAGAAGAGCGUGUACCAAUCUUUGUCAUUAUUUCGAAGAUCAAUCAAUAUGUGAUUUAUAUCCAUCAUGUUUAAACCAUGCUGAUGGUUGGUAUCUUGAUCGGACAAAACCUGGAUGUCAAGUAGCGAUUCAAUGUGUUGAUCAGCGAUUAUUAAAUACAACAAAAUGCCCAGUUAACAAACGUUUUAAUCAAAAUACUGGAAGAUGUGUGCCCGCAAUACAAGUCGUCUGUUCAGGACCAGGAUCGGUUAUUACAAGCUCUAUAUUAAUUAUUUUUAAUUUAAUAGUUAUUAUUCAUCUACGUAGUAGCAGUUCUGUUGAUAGUUAUUAA